UCCAAGUCUUCUUUGCGAAUUCUCGCGGAUAAAGAACAAGUUUAUCCCCUUGCAUACAUUAAGAGCUGGAGUAGAAUAUUUGUAUGUGGGUAUGUAUGUAUUUCUAAUGCGUUGAUUUACUAUUUCUUCGCUAAAGAGAAUUAUAAUUAGUAAAAUGUGUGCCAACUUUUUAGCAUUUUUUUGUUUUUUGCAAAUUUUUGCGAAAUCGCAUAUAUAACCGUCGGGCAACAGGGAGCGAAGACAGUUCAAUUUAGUUUUUACAUGUUCGAGGUAAAUAACGGCAUCUCGAGCAUUAGAUGAAGUUCGCAAAGUUAUAUUUAGUGCCAGCAUUGCUGCUAAUAGCAGCUGUGUGGCUGGAAAUUGUCGCUACUGAGUACGAUGCGGUCUACGAAGGCUUGUUGGGUCGCGUUGUUACACCUGAUUUCAUUAACCAAUUAACGGGAUCAAACGGACAAACAAGCAACUCCAAUUGCGGGUCUAAGCCCAUAGUUGAGGAAGUACCAAUUGAUGGGAGCGAAUAUGUUUACACAGACUAUCCAGAAGAAGCAACUGAUGAGGAUAAAGAACUUACCGUAUCAACGGGUGUCGAUAGUUCCACUCCUACAAGGAGAACACAGGAUUAUGAUUACUAUUCGUCACCUGUGAGUUCAAUUGGUCGCAAUGUUGAGCAUAACACCGCAAACGCCAUUUCCAUGGCGCGAAACCAACAAACGAAUCGUGUACGACGACGUAAUCCCUCACGACGUCGUAAACAGCAACGUCGACGUAGUCCCUCACGACGUCGUACACAGCAACGCCGACGUCGGCAAAAGCGACGCAGACGUCCAUCAGCACAAAGGCGUAGACGUCCAUCGGCACAAAAGCGGAAACGACCAAAUCGUAACAACUCAAAAGAUCGUCGCAGGCGACGACGUGGAGGACAACGCAAACAGCACCGCCGAGUAAUCGUGCGCAGACGUCAGGCGAACAAACGACGUAAUGAUGAAAGAGUUGAACGUCCUCAAUUAUAAGUUUAAUAAAAUUUCUUAAUCAUAUUUUUACGAAAACGUGUGAUUA